UUAUUUUGAAGGCUAAGACCGGAAGCUUGUAUCUAUAGUAUUUUAGCGUAACGUUACUAGACACCGGUCAGACUACAACACGGUCUCAUCUUUGUCGACUUUCAGGAGGACGUCAGACACAUGAAGAGAUGCUUGCCAUAUUUUGAAAGAAAUCGUCCAUUUAAGAAUAUAUAAAAUGGGUAAAAAGGAUAAAGGAGAUCGGGACAAGAAGUCCAAGAAGCGUUUCUAUGAGGAGGAAGAAGAUGAAGAAGAGGUAGUGGGCAGCGAGUCUCAGGAGGCCAUACCUGCUGCUGCAGGGAAACAAGUGGAUGAGUCCAGUACAAAACUGGAUGAAUAUGGAGCCAAAGAUUAUCGUGUUCAGAUGAUGUUGAAGAAUGAUCACUCUUCACGCCCCCUCUGGGUGGCUCCAGAUGGACACAUAUUUCUGGAAGCCUUCUCACCAGUGUAUAAGUACGCCCAGGAUUUCAUGGUGGCCAUUGCAGAACCAGUGUGCCGGCCUAAUCAUAUUCAUGAGUACAAGCUGACGGCCUACUCCCUGUAUGCAGCUGUCAGUGUGGGGCUGCAGACCUCUGAUAUUGUGGAGUACCUGCAGAAACUCAGCAAGACGUCGUUACCUGAUGGAAUCGUGCAGUUCAUUCAGCUCUGCACAGUGAGCUAUGGCAAAGUCAAACUGGUGCUCAAGCACAACAGGUAUUUUGUUGAGAGUACCUUCCCUGAUGUGAUCCAGCGCCUUCUGCAGGACAACGUGAUCCGUGAAUGCCGUCUCCGCACUGCAGACGGAGCAGACACUGAGCUUAUUACUGAAGUCAUCUACAGCAAGUCAGCAAUUUCCAAGUCUAUCGAGGAAAAGGGAGGUACUUCCACCUCGCAGCAGCCCAGCGAUGGACAAACUUCAACCCAGCAAGUCCCUGAGGACAUCUUCAGCUACUAUGAGCAGAUGGAUAAAGAAGAGGAGGAAGAGGAAGAGACUCAGACUGUGUCUUUUGAGAUUCGCCAGGAGAUGAUUGAAGAACUGCAGAAGCGUUGUAUUCAGCUGGAGUACCCCCUCCUAGCAGAGUAUGACUUCCGCAAUGAUACAGUCAACCCAGACAUCAACAUAGAUCUGAAGCCCACUGCUGUGUUGCGGCCCUACCAGGAAAAGAGUCUGCGCAAGAUGUUUGGGAAUGGACGUGCUCGCUCUGGGGUCAUCGUGCUGCCCUGCGGAGCGGGUAAAUCUCUGGUGGGCGUGACAGCAGCGUGCACGGUGCGUAAACGCUGCUUAGUGUUGGGGAACUCCUCGGUGUCAGUGGAGCAGUGGAAAGCUCAGUUCAAGAUGUGGUCCACUAUCGACGACUCGCAGAUUUGCCGCUUCACUUCCGACGCCAAGGACAAGCCCAUCGGCUGCUCAGUGGCCAUCAGCACCUACUCUAUGCUGGGUCACACCACCAAGCGCUCCUGGGAGGCUGAGAGAGUCAUGGAGUGGAUGCGGAGCCAGGAAUGGGGACUCAUUAUCCUGGAUGAGGUGCACACUAUCCCUGCCAAGAUGUUCCGUCGUGUUCUGACCAUUGUCCAGGCACAUUGCAAAAUGGGGCUCACUGCCACACUGGUCAGGGAAGAUGACAAGAUUGUGGACCUGAACUUCCUAAUUGGCCCUAAACUAUUUGAGGCCAACUGGAUGGAAUUGCAGAACAACGGCUACAUUGCCAAAGUCCAGUGUGCAGAGGUGUGGUGCCCGAUGUCUCCAGAGUUCUACAGAGAGUAUGUGGCCAUCAAGACAAAGAAGCGCAUGCUGUUUUAUACAAUGAACCCCAAUAAGUUCCGCGUUUGCCAGUUUCUCAUUCGCUUCCACGAGCGGCGCAAUGACAAGAUUAUGGUCUUUGCUGACAACGUGUUUGCAUUAAAGGAAUACGCCAUUCGCCUCAACAAGCCUUACAUCUAUGGCCCAACCUCUCAGGGGGAACGAAUGCAGAUUUUACAGAACUUCAAACACAACCCCAAGAUCAACACCAUUUUCAUCUCCAAGGUUGGAGACACCUCAUUUGACUUGCCGGAAGCCAAUGUUCUGAUCCAGAUCUCUUCCCAUGGUGGAUCACGCAGACAGGAGGCCCAGAGGCUUGGCAGAGUCUUACGAGCCAAGAAAGGAAUGGUAGCAGAGGAGUACAAUGCCUACUUCUACUCACUGGUGUCACAGGACACCCAGGAGAUGGCUUACUCCACCAAGAGGCAGAGGUUCCUGGUGGACCAGGGUUACAGCUUUAAGGUGAUCACAAAGUUGGCAGGUAUGGAGGAAGAGGACUUAAUGUUCUCCUCAAAAGAUGAGCAACAGCAGCUGCUUCAGAAGGUCCUCGCUGCUUCAGACCUGGAUGCUGAGGAGGAAGUGGUGGCAGGGGAGGUGGGCGGACGACCACAGUUCUCAAGGCGAACGGGCACCAUGAGCUCCAUGUCAGGUGCCGAUGACACCGUCUACAUGGAAUAUCAGAGUCGAGGCAGCAAAGGUGCAUUGGGCAAAAACAUUCAUCCACUCUUCAAGCGCUUCAGAAAGUAGAUGCACUGACUCAAACCCUGGCACCUAAAGACUUACUCAGUUGCAACAAGGUAAUAGGACAAAGUUGGGGUGCAGUAACGUAUACUGAGUUCGGAUAGUCCAUUUGGUCUGGAGAACAGAGCAAUGACUGAAUAUACCCUGAACCUGAAUGUUAUUUGGAGCAAAUGAUGAUAUGCUGUACAUUGCUUCCUCCUGGUAGCUGAUGGCGAUGAUGGUUGAAAUGACUUGUACGUCUAGCUAAGAACGCAACGAAUGACGCCUGCAGGGCUGGACGGCUCUAUGUGAUAAAGUAGAAAGUCUCAUCUCCAGCUCCCUCAAGCACCUACAUGCGAUGACAUUUACAGAUGACAUGCAGUGCUAACUGUCCAAGUGUCAACUGUGUCAUUUUUUCAUUUCUAUGUCGCGUUGCAGUGAUGCAGCUAGCCAAUUGGGCCUGUUGCACAACAAAAUUAGGUGUUGUUUUUGAAAAUCAAGCUUAAUUCCACAACGGUUGAAAGCUUUGACUUGCUGUUUGCAGUAAUGUCUGUGCGUAGGAUAAGAGGCUACCAAAGUAGACGGAUGGGUGAUGUUAGCCCUACGUGGAAUAACCUGCGUCUUAUCUACUGUUAACUGUAUCUGAGGAGGAAAACCAAGGAUGUAUAUUGGAAUUUUUGUAAGUGCGGCUACAUUUUCACACAUUAAGACAUAACUAAUUAAACCCACAUAAUCCGUAGACAUUAAUCUGUUCCUGGUGUUAGUUUUCAAUAAUUAAUGUUUUGUUCUAAACUUUUUGUCUUUAAGAUGUUGCUAAAUAUAUUUUGUGAAAGAAA